AUGGCAAAGAUCAUCUUCUAUGAGGACAAGAACUUCCAGGGCCACUCCUAUGAAAGCACCAGUGACUGUCCUGAUCUGCAGGUCCAGCUGAGCCGCUGUAACUCCAUCCGGGUAGAAAGUGGCUGCUUCAUGAUCUAUGAACAACCCAAUUACAUGGGACAGCAGUACUUCCUCAACAAGGGUGAAUAUUCUGACUUCCAGCAAUGGAUGGGCCUCAAUGAUUCCAUCAAGUCCUGCCAUGUUAUCACAUCACCUCACCACCAGAAAGGCUCCAAGAUAAAGAUUUAUGAGAGAGAAGCUCUAAGGGGACAAGUGAUGGAGUAUGUAGGAGAUAGCAGCGAAGUCCACGAUUGCUUCCAAUACCACAACGUCAGCUCCUGUAACGUUCUCGAGAGGCACUGGCAGAGCCACAGCACAGACGGCAGUAGCGCGUGCUGGAACCCGGGGAGCACAGGCGCCUCACCGAGCGAGGAGCCCUGA